AUGAAGUUUCAUUUAAUUUCACCAACAACUACAUCUUUUACUCCAAUAUGGACAUCAUAAUAAUAAAAGCGUCCAUAGAUUAAAUUAAGUGAAUUGGCAAAGUUUACAUAAUUGUAAUUACCUAAAUAAGAAGAUAGUCAAAAAGCUAUUGAAUAUAAAUAAAGAUAAUAACAAUUGUUAAGAUAAUCAAAAAAUAAGCCUUUGUUAAAAGUGUUGACUAAAUCUUAAUUACUAUAAGGUUACUUAUCAAUGAGACCAUAAUAAUAAUAAAAGAAAUAAAUUAAAUCUAGAUCAUCAUCUUUAAUUACUAAAUUAAAUUCUUCAAGUCCUGUUGUUUCAAUUAAUGAAUCUCCAAAAAUUGUUAAAGGGGAAUGCUAAAUUAUGAAUUAACCAAUGUAAUAAAUUCAACUUAUUGAAGAACAACAAUUAAGUCCAAAAGUCUUAAAACCUUUAAAAUAAGAAACAUUUGCAAAAGCUUUAGAUUUAAUUAGACCAGAAACACCUCUAAACUUUCGAUGCUUAGUUCAAGAUAUCUCUUACAAAAAACAUAAAAUAAAUAUUAAAGCAAUAAUAAGAGAUAUAAUAAACAAAUUAUCAAUAUUAAGAAAAUUAGAUAUCAAAUAUAUAGAUAGAAGAAUAUGGUCAAAUUAACCAUUUUAAAAAAGAAAUUAAUACAGUUUUAUAAAAGCUUGUAAAGCAGGUGAUUUAAAUUAAGUAAAGGAAUUACUAGAAUAAGAUAGAUUUUUAAAUUUUGGUUUUGAUUAUGUAAAUAAUAAUAAAAUACUUUUAGAUUCAUUAAACAGGAUUACAUUGGGCAGUAAAAAGAUCUCAUUUAUAAUUGGUUAAAUAUCUGUUAAAAAUAGGAUGUGAUGUUGAUGCAUAAGAUCUAAUAGGUAGACCAGCUUUGUAUUUUGCAAUUGAAUAAAAAGAUGCAAAUAUCGUUAAAGUAUAUUUAUUAAACAAUUUUAAUUAGUUAUUAUUAGAGAAUAAUGCAAUUCCAUGGAGUAAUUAAAAAAUUACUUACUCUAAACUUUGUAAUGAUGAUCUCUAAAUAAUGUUACUUUUAAAUAAAGCUCGAAAGGUACAUGUUAUUUAUAGAAUGGUGGAUGCAAAGAAAAGAAUUUAAAUAAAAUAAAGGGCAUUGACUGGAUUAUUCGAUGUUUGA